AUACGUUUUGAACAUUUCCUGUCAUUUUGAAAUAUGUUUUCGUUUUAUUCAUAAUUUUUUUAUUGUGCUGGUUAUUAUUUCUUCAUUCAUUCGGUAAAACGCGACCAUUUAAAAACGCAUAAUUAUGUCGCAGUUACAUAAAUCCAAUAACACUGGAAGACAAAGAUUAAUUAAGAAAGGGUGCACUGUUAAUGAAAUUAAGGGUGAAUUAAGAAAGAAAUUCCACACUAGAAUCAAAGACAUACGAAAUCAACUUCUUGAUUCACACAGAAAUAUAAAUCAGAAGGAAUUAAUUGAUAAAGGUUAUAGUGAAAUAAAGGACUUAAUAUUGUCAGAUACCUGGAGUGACAAUGAAUUUGAUGAAGCUGAAAUCAUAAAAGUAUUAGAUGAAGUUCAAGAGGAGAUGGAAGAAUAUUUGAAUCGAACUAGUGAGCAAUAUGAUGAACAAGUUCAGAAAGAGACUGAUGCUAUAGUGGAAAAUUUGUUUGCAUGUCGAGUGUGUGAGAGGCUGCUUGAUAACAAUGCAACAGAAAUUUGUACUGGUUGUUUGGAACAACAUUUCAAUGACUAAUUAUACUUCUUAGGAUAUACUUUUUUUGUUUUAUAUAUUUUUAAGGAAGUUCUUUUUUUGUUGUUUAAACAUGAGAAUCUUAUUUUAACAGGAUUUUUUUAGACCAUCCAUUGCUGAUUUUAUUUAUUGUUAACUGAAGUAAAAUUAAUUUGUUAAAAAACGCUACA